AUGUCUCGAUUUUUCCACGGUGCCAGCGAUAGCGAGAGCAGCUCUUCGGACGAAGAGGAGCUUUACUCGGAUCGCGAGGAAGCAGUCUCUGAAGAUGAAGAAACCACUAGCGAAGAAGAGUCCUCCGAGGAGGAAAGCAGUUCGGAUGAUGAGGGCGGUCUAACUGGAGCUAAAAGUUUCUUGAGGGAUGUUGCUGAAAGCGAUGAAAGUGAAGAAGAGGAUCGGGUUACCGUUGUCAAGAGCGCAAAAGAUAAAAGAUUAGAGGAGUUGGAAGGAACAGUCAAAUUGAUCGAAAAUGCGGGAAAAAUAAACGACUGGGCAGUCAUUUCGACUGAAUUCGACAAAUUGAACAGACAGGCCGCGAAGAUUAUUCAAUCCGGGCCGUCUCCCAAGGCGUACAUUAAAGCGAUUGCCGACUUGGAAGAUUUUGUUAACGAGACUAUCGUUAAGCAAAAGACAACCACAAAAAAAAUGAAUGCAAGCAACGCCAAGGGAUUCAAUGCAGUUAAACAGCGUAUUAAGAAAAACAACAAAGAUUACGCGACAGAGAUUGAUAAAUAUCGAGAUGACAAAGAUGGGUAUUUAGAGGAGGACGAGGAACAAGAGACGGUCGUUGUAGAGAAGAAGACUCGAGCUGUACGAUUGGAGGAUGCUUUGGCUGUGAGCGACGAGGGCUUCUCAACUGUCGGUCGUGGUGGUCGCACGCUUCAAUAUACCCCAGAAAGCAUUCUGAAGCACCUACGCGUAAUCGUGGAAUCCAGAGGAAAGAAGAAUACCGAUCGCAUAGAACAAAUCAAAGUUAUGGAGAAACUACUGGAGGUUGCCUCGACACCCUACCACACUAUUCGCAUUCUUUUGACAAUGAUUUCAACACGUUUCGACCUCACAACUACUACAUCAUCGAAUUAUAUGCCAACCGAUCAAUGGAAGCUUGCAGAAGGCGAAAUUUGCACACUAAUUUCUACUUUGGAGAGCAACCCACAGUUCGUUGUUACUGAAGGUGCAGAGGAGUGGGAGGACGAUGAGAAGAUUCCCCAACUUGCUGCUGGGGAGACUCUUAAGGUCCCUGGAAGUAUCGUCUCGUUUGUUGAAAGACUUGACGAUGAACUCAUCCGGUCUUUGCAGCACAUUGAUCCCCAUACCGCUGAAUAUAUUGAGAGAUUGGGUGAUGAACAGCUUUUAUACAAUAACAUUGUCCGAGCACUUCUCUAUGUGGAGGGACUUAACAAUAUCGAAAAAUCAGAGCCCCGUCAGGAUAGCGUGAACAGAGUUUUGAUGAGACGUUUGGAACAUCUUUAUUUCAAGCCAUCUCAAGUUGUUAGCAUCCUAGAAGAGAACACUUGGAAGGGCCUACCAGACACUCUGAACUCUAUCAUUACUGAUCGUGAGAGCAAGUCCGAUAUUGCCGGUUUGGUUCAGACCAUUUGCAACUAUCUUUUCCAGUACAGCGACGGUAUCAUUCGAGCCCGUGCCAUGCUUUGCCAGAUUUAUUUCCUUGCCCUUCAUGAUAAAUACCACCGCGCUCGUGAUCUGAUGCUGAUGUCCCAUUUGACCGAAAACAUUUCGAAUUUCGAUGUUAGCACGCAAAUCUUAUUCAACCGAACCCUUGUUCAGAUCGGUCUUUGUGCCUUCCGUGCUGGAUUAGUCUACGAGGCCCAGAACACACUCUCGGAAGUUUGUGGGAGUGGUAGACAGAAGGAAUUGUUGGCGCAGGGCAUCAUCAUGCAACGCUAUUCUUCGGUAUCUCCCGAACAAGAGAAGCUUGAACGUCAACGCCAACUUCCAUUCCACAUGCACAUCAAUUUGGAACUUCUCGAAUGCAUCUACCUGACCAGUAGCAUGUUCUUAGAAGUCCCGCUAAUGGCUCAGACCUCCUCUUCCCCGGAAAUGAAACGCCGCAUCAUCUCUAAGACAUUCAGAAGGAUGUUAGACUACAAUGAACGACAGGUAUUCAGCGGACCACCGGAGAAUACCCGUGAUGGUGUAAUCAUGAGCGCCAAAUUCCUUGCAGCAGGCGACUGGAAGAAAGCCUCCGAAACGCUCAACUCGAUCAAGAUUUGGGAUUUGAUGGCCCAACCAGACAAGAUCAAGACCAUGCUCACCCAACAGAUCCAGGAAGAGGGCCUUCGAACCUAUCUUUUCACAUAUGCACCGUUCUAUGACACUUUAUCUAUUUCCACCCUUUCCAACAUGUUCGAUCUUCCUGAGAAAAAGAUUUCAGCCAUCAUCAGCCGCAUGAUUUCACACGAGGAGCUUGCAGCAGCUUUAGACCAAGUCAACAACGCUAUUGUCUUCCGAAAGGGCGUCGAAUUGUCCAGACUGCAAAGCCAGAUUGUCACACUUGCAGACAAGUCGAUGUCGUUACUUGAAGCCAACGAAAAAUCUCUUGAGCAAAGAACACAGGGCAUGGCCAACGCUUUCCAACGCGACCAAGGCUCGGGUGGCCGUGGUGGUAGAGGCCAGGGCCGCGGUGGACAGAGGAACGCUGGCGGUAGACCACCAGCUGGUGGGCAACAGCGUAGGCCUGGUGGACAACAGUUUAGCGGUGGUGCUUUGGGCGGAGCUAUUAAGGCAUAA